AUGGCGAACCUCAAGAAGGAGGCUGUGGAUGCACGGCUGCUGCUCCACAUCGAGGCUGGCGAGGACACCACCGACGGCAGGCCCUCGUUCGAUGAGUCAAUCCAGAACAAGCACCUCGCUAGCGUGCUGCUCGCUACGCCAGUUCCGGCUCCGCAGCAGCAGGGGCUGCGAGGCCUGUACGACCGCCCGAGUGAAGAUGGGGAGGGCGCCGACGAGACGUUUUUCCGGGCCUUCCAGCUGAACUCCGACCUCUUUGGCAGCGGCCAGGUGUUCAACAUGUUCCAGUCAUACCUGGUGUGGGCUCCCAGUGUCGUUCUGCUACUACUGCUGCUGUCAAUUGGGAGCCCAGUCGCGACUGGCGCGUGGGCGUGUGCCGACCCGGCAGAUGAGGGCUGCCAGGCGGCGCUGGCCGGGGCGGACGGGACGGGCGCUGGGCUGUGUGGCCUGCAGCGCCACCAGUGGCAGUGGGCGCAGCCCAGCACGUCGCUCGUGACCAAGUUUGACCUCGUUUGCGACGGUGGGUAG